AUUACAGAAUUCUCUUUCGCGUAUCAAUGGACGUUCCGAUGUCUACGACUAUCAAUAUUCAAAGCCGCCGAUGGAGCCACCAUCGUCGGCAACACCAUCACCUGCAGUACUGUCGGCGGCUCAAAUGAAUGGCCAUGUACCAAAAGUAUUAACAACAUUAAUACCAACAAAAUUAAGUCGAAAGCCGAGCAUAGAACGAGAAAUUCCUUUAACCUGCCUUAGAUGUAGUCCUGCAUUGGAUUCUGGUGCGGGCAGUUCCCGAUCAGACAGCCCGCAUUCACAUCAGCAAGUUACAUGUGUUAGUCGUGCAAGCACUGGUCCAUAUUCACCAUCGCCAUCAAAUUUUAGUGAUGUUGGACCACCUGCGCCACCACCAAGAAAUCCUACUUUAUCUUCAUCUGCGACUCCACCACCACCACCGCCUUCGAAUCAACUAUAUAAACGUCGUUCACCAGCUACAACCCGCCCUGCUGCUAUUACUCCAAAUCCAACAAGGGGCACUUCUCCUGUUAUACCACAAAAUGGCAUUAAAGCCCAACAACAAUUGUCACAACAAAUGAAAGCAUUAAGUUUAUACCAGUCCGGUGGUAGUGCUGUAGAACCGCCACCACCUUAUCCUAUAAAUACUAUAAAUACCGUCGUAGUAACUACUUCUGCACCGCCACCAAGCUAUACAGCCUCUAUGCAAUCGCGUCAAUCACCGACGCAAUCGCAAUCAGAUUAUCGCAAAUCCCCCAGCAGCGGAAUAUAUUCUGCUACUUCAGCUGGUUCCCCUAGCCCAAUAACCGUAACAAACAGUGCAAUCCUACCAUUGCAGGCAACAGCAGUUGCUCGACCACAGCCCCGCGCCUAUCAAACGAGACAGCAGCCAAUUAUAAUGCAGAGCGUUAAAUCAACGCAGGUACAAAAGCCUGUGCUUCAGACAGCUGUAGCACCACAAUCUCCGGUAACUACUUCGGCUUGUAAUUCCCCUGUACACAUCCUAAACGCACCACCUUCGUAUCCACAGAAAUCAGUUGCUGUUGUACAGCAGCAAGUGCAAGCACAACAACAAUCUCCUCUGUUGGCUGGUGGAAUGCCAACUACACUCAUUACUUCUAAGCCAGUUCCGCCUACUCCUACUACGCCGCCACUUAAUGGUGCAGUCGUGAAUAAACCGCCUUGUAUCGAACCACCGUCAUAUGCGAAGAGUAUGCAAGCAAAAGCAGCGCAGCAUCACCAACAUCAACAGCAACAACAACAACAGCAGGCUGUUGUUGCCGCAGCUGUUGCAGCGCAGCAAGCACAACUGCGUGCUGCUGCUGCAGCUCUAGCUGCGCAACAAAAGCAAGCAAUUGCAGCGCCACCAGUAAGUAGCCGACAAUUACCGCCACCACCACCGUACCAGAGUACACGUGCGGCAGCACCACCACCACAAAUAAAUUCAGAUAAUAACAAUAUGGAUAUGGAUAUAAAAAGCAAUGGCGGUUUGCAUAAUAACAAUCCAAAUAUAAAUUAUAAUUUAAUUAACAAUAAUCAUAUAAUGAAUAGUAACCUGACAACAACGCCGCCGAUACCACCCGCUAAACACAACGGUGGAAGCGGUGGUACAACAAGUUCGGGCAGUGGAGGAGGCUCUCCGGCAAAUUCGGCAUCAGUUGCUGGUGCGGGUGGUAAAGGCUCUGAAAAUUGUAAAAAAAUCAAACAUGCCUCACCAAUACCGGAACGCAAAAAAGUUUCUAAAGAGAAGGAAGAAGAGCGUAAGGAGUGUCGAAUACGACAAUAUUCUCCACAAGCUUUUAAAUUCUAUAUGGAACAACAUAUCGAAAAUGUACUCAAAUCCUAUAAACAGCGCACGUUCCGUAAGAAUCAAUUGGAAAAAGAGAUGAUAAAAAUUGGACUCUCAACGCAAACCCAAGUCGAAAUGCGCAAAAUGCUUAACCAAAAGGAGAGUAAUUACAUACGCCUGAAGCGUGCCAAAAUGGAUAAGAGUAUGUUUGUAAAAAUUAAACAUAUAGGCGUGGGUGCAUUUGGAGAAGUAUCUCUGGUGAAAAAAAUUGAUACAACAAAUCAUUUAUAUGCCAUGAAGACGCUGCGAAAGGCCGACGUUUUAAAGCGGAAUCAGGUAGCGCAUGUGAAAGCAGAACGUGAUAUUUUAGCAGAAGCCGAUAAUAACUGGGUUGUUAAGCUGUACUACAGUUUUCAGGAUAAUGAAAAUCUAUAUUUUGUGAUGGAUUAUAUACCAGGUGGAGAUCUUAUGUCAUUAUUAAUUAAAAAGGGUAUCUUUGAAGAACCAUUGGCUCGAUUUUAUAUAGCAGAAUUAACUUGCGCAGUAGAAAGUGUGCAUAAAAUGGGUUUCAUUCAUAGGGAUAUAAAACCUGAUAAUAUACUCAUCGAUAGAGACGGUCACAUAAAACUAACUGAUUUUGGAUUGUGUACUGGUUUUAGAUGGACACAUAAUUCAAAAUAUUAUCAAGAAAAUGGAAAUCAUUCUAGGCAGGAUUCUAUGGAGCCUUGGGAGGAGUACUCAGAAAAUGGUCCAAAACCAACUGUGUUGGAAAGGAGGAGAAUGCGUGAUCACCAAAGAGUUUUAGCACAUUCACUUGUAGGCACCCCAAAUUAUAUAGCACCUGAAGUUUUGGAACGUAGUGGGUACACGCAACUUUGUGAUUGGUGGAGUGUGGGUGUUAUACUCUAUGAAAUGUUGGUCGGUCAGCCACCAUUUUUAGCAAAUACGCCUGUUGAAACGCAGCAAAAGGUAAUAAAUUGGGAAAAAACAUUAAAUAUACCGCCGUUGCCAAUGUUAACACGAGAAGCAACAGAUUUAAUAAAACGUCUAUGCUCGUCUGCCGAUAAACGUUUAGGUAAAAAUGCGGACGAGGUAAAAGCGCAUGAUUUUUUCAAAGGCGUCGAUUUUGCGGAUAUGCGUAGACAAAUUGCACCAUAUAUUCCAAAGAUUGAACAUCCAACAGAUACAUCAAAUUUCGAUCCCAUUGAUGAGGAUAAAAUACGUUCGAAUGACUCAAAUCUAAGCGGUGAUGAUUUUAAUUUAGCAGAUAAACAGUUCCAUGGAUUUUUCGAAUUUACAUUUAGAAGAUUUUUUGAUGAUAGACUUAAUCCUGAUAUGAUGGAUGAUCAAUCCCCGGUUUAUGUAUAAGUAUAUUAAAAUAACAAAAUGAAACAAAAAACUACAGCAUAAUAGGUAGGGUGCAGAUGGUUUAGCGGAUUAUAAAUAGUUAUUUUUAUUUGAUUAAAAACGUAUAUGGUAUGCAUGUACAGAGGUAGAUACACAACAGUUUUGUGUACCGCAUGUACAAAUGGAAUAGGCGGUACCUGUACUCUUUUAAAAAGUGCACAUAGUUGCAACAUUUAUAGUCAAUUUAAAUAAUUCAAUACAUUUAAGUACUGUAACGUUUUUCCAUUUUGUACUCAUAAGUGAAUUAAUGAAAUUGUCGCAAAAAAAUUAAUAAAUAAAUAAAUAAUUCAAAAACUUUUUUUAACAA